UUCCUCCAUCCAGGAGAGGGCGGCCGGGUGGUGUCUCGCCGAGCCUCCCCUCCUGGCGCCCCGAGGGCAGCCCCCUGCGGCCGCACGAUGUCAGCCGGCUGGUUGCGGCGCCGCUUCCUGCCGAAAGGUCCGCUGCCCGCGCCGCGGCCACCGAGGCCACACACCAGCCCUGUACCCUACCGGCGGCCCCGCUUCCUGCGCGGCUCGGGCUCCUGCCCCGGCACAGCCGACGCGCCGAGCCUCCCGGAAGCCCGGCCCGUGCGCUGCCCGGCGCGGAGUCGCACGCUGCCCUGGAACGCAGGCUACGCAGAGAUCAUCAAUGCAGAGAAAUCUGAGUUCAAUGAGGAUCAAGCUGCCUGUGGGAAGCUAUGCAUCCAGAGAUGUGAGUUUGGGGCUGAAGAGGACCAGGAGUGGUUGACCUUGUGCGCAGAGGAGUUCCUGACGGGUCAUUACUGGGCACUGUUUGAUGGGCACGGCGGUCCAGCUGCAGCUAUCCUAGCUGCCAACACCCUGCACUCCUGUCUGCGCCGGCAGCUGGCGGCCAUAGUAGAAGGCAUGGUAGCUACUCAGCCCCCCAUGCACCUCAGCGGCCGCUGCAUCUGCCCCAGCGACCCCCAAUUUGUGGAGGAAAAGGGCAUUAAGACAGAAGACUUGGUGAUUGGGGCCCUGGAAAAUGCCUUCCAGGAAUGUGAUGAGGUGAUCGGUCGGGAGCUGGAGGCAGCAGGCCAAGUGGGUGGAUGCACAGCCCUGGUGGCUGUGUCCCUGCAGGGAAAGCUGUAUGUGGCCAAUGCAGGGGAUAGCAGGGCCAUCUUGGUACGGAGAGAUGAGGUACGGCCCUUGAGCUCUGAGUUCACCCCGGAGACUGAGCGGCAGAGGAUCCAGCAGCUGGCUUUUGUCUACCCUGAGCUCCUUGCUGGUGAGUUCACCCGACUGGAGUUCCCUCGGCGACUGAAGGGGGAUGACUUGGGGCAGAAGGUUUUGUUCAGGGAUUACCACAUGAACGGCUGGAGCUACAAGUGUGUUGAGAAGUCAGAUCUCAAGUACCCACUGAUCCACGGACAGGGUAGGCAGGCUCGGUUACUGGGAACACUGGCCGUCUCUCGAGGCCUGGGAGACCAUCAGCUCAGAGUCCUGGACACAAACAUUCAGCUCAAGCCCUUCUUGCUCUCUGUCCCACAGGUCACAGUGCUGGAUAUGGACCAGCUGGAGCUACAAGAGGAGGAUGUGGUUGUCAUGGCAACUGAUGGUCUCUGGGACGUCCUUUCCAAUGAGCAGGUGGCACAGAUGGUGCGGAGCUUCCUUCUUGGUACUCAAGAGGACCCACACAGGUUCUCGGAGCUGGCCCAAAUGCUGAUACACAGCACACAGGGGAAGAACGGUGAUCCCACAGAGGAAGGGCAGGUGUCCUACGACGAUAUCUCUGUGUUCGUGAUUCCUUUGUACAGCCAGGGCCAAGGAAGCAAUGGCCAUUGAGGAUUCAGAUACCACAUCCCAGAACCACUCGGGGUCAGAUACAGUCGGGGAAUCCCCCCACCAUGAUCAACAGCAGGCCUGCCUGCCUUGCUCCCAGACACAGCCCAGGGCUCUCACCCCCACCCCAACCCAUUUCAAGGGGAACAUUUAUACCAGGCAGUCAGAGCUGAAGAGCGUAAGAACCCUGUUCCCCAGGUCCCCUCUUUGGCAGGCAGGGGAAAAGUGCUAAUAUCAAUAAUGACAACCCUCUGGCAGAGGCACUGUACACCUUAGGAUACCCACACAAGGUUUCUUCACAGCCCAAUAUAUUAUUCCCAGAUAAGGACAGCUGGACUAAAGGAAUUGGCCAAAGAUGCAAGAGGGGCAGAUAGCCUGUGUUGGAUCCAAGUCUCCAAACCAUGAAUGUCAGGGUAUCCACUCAACAACCCCCAAAGCCCAUGCAGGAUGCCUUAUGAAAAGCUGGGGGCAGCCUCAUAUCUGUUGAACAGUCAUCCUGAAGCAGCCCCUGGGGAGAGACCUGCUCAGGCCCUACCCUACUCUCCUCUACCACUGGAGGGAAGGCACAGGCACUGGGGCUAAAGUUGGGGGAGAACAAAAGGGGGCAAGAGGAGCCCCAGUUGGCUGAGCGGGAAAUGCUCUUGUAUUGCUGCUCCUGCCUCUGGCCUAGCCUCAAUUGUUCCUUCCAAGCUCCAGCCCCACCCCAGGCUGAUGCCUCAUUAAUGCCUUCAUUUUGUUGUUCCCCAUUACCUCCCAAUGAUUAAAUGUUUGUGUGCAGAAGAA